AUGGCUCAGGAACCCCGGUUGGCGACUUCCGCGCCUCCUGGUUCUCAGGCCCUUCUGGACACUUUGCUCCAGAAACUCUACGACUUUGGAGAGACAGAAGAUGAAACAGAAGAGAAAAGAGUCAGAAAAAAGAGAGAGAAGAAGAGAGGUACGGGGCCCCUGGCAGCUUUGGCAACAGAGCCAGCUCCCCAACCCGAGUCUCUUGUCAGAGGCCAGAGGAGGAGUGCUGCCAGCUUCUUCCAGGAGCUCCAGGAAGAGCUGCAGGGCGCUCCUGCUGUGACCCCCAGUUGUUCCCCUGCGGGACCUGUAGGCGCUGGAGCUGCAGCAGCCUGCCCUCCCCCAAGGAAUGACAGGGAGUCAGUAGAAGUGGUCCAGUUUCACAGCCAAAGUAAAAAAAGGAAACAGAAGCCAGAUCAAGACGAGAACACAAAGACCAAAACUAAAGACCAAAACCAUCUUGAUAAAGAUGUGGAUAUACAAGAAUUUAACUUAGAAAAGGCUCGCUUGGAAGUGCACCGGUUUGGGAUCACAGGCUAUGGAAAAGGAAAGGAGAGAGUCCUGGAACGGGAACGUGCCAUUAUGCUGGGUGCUCGGCCUCCCAAAAAUAGUUAUGUGAAUUACAAGGUUUUGCAGGAGCACAUCAAAGAAAAGAAGGCAGCAAAGGAAGAGGAAAAGAGAAUGGCCAAGGACACAGAUAUUUUCAAGAAAAAGAAGAGGAAAGGGCAGGAAGACAAGAAAUCAAAGAAGAAGUCUGCUCCAAGUAUUUUGUCAAGUGGAAGGACUGGACAGGUUGGAAAAUUCAAAAAUGGGACAUUGAUUCUGAGCCAAGUUGAUAUCAAGAAAAUAAAUUCUUCCAGAGUGGCUAAAUGA